GUAAAAAUAAAAAAAUAAAUUGAUCCGAUACAUGUUUGUCAAGCUUGUUCAGAAGCACACACAGACAGCAGCACGAAGUCCAUCCCCAGUUCUUUUCUCAAGCCCUGCUCCCCUCUCACGUGGGCAGCAUCUCUUGACCUACAUUCUGGUCCACAAAUUCUCUUUUCAUCCGGGUCUAAACUGCGGUUAAAACCUUUCAAUGAGUUCCGAGUUCGGAAUUUUGUGUUUUUCAUUUCUAGAAGUUCCAUGAUGGCUCUUUUAAAAAUCUCUCUUGUCAAAUUUAUAGUUUCCAGUUGUUGCAAAGAAUUUACGAGCCUAGUUUGAUCCCCUUGAGCAUAAUAAGCACAUUCAUUUUAUGGUUUCUGGCUGAUAAUGUGGUCUCUGGAUUUCUUCGCGUCUCUUUUUCCAUGGUGUAUGACUUGCGUUUCUGAUAAUUUUUGCUUACAUGCGAGACAGAUUUGAGUGUUACUGUAGACACCAUCGCAGGCUAAGGGUGAUGCUGUCACCAUGCCCACACAACUCCGAUCUGCUUUUGCCAGGCACACGGGUACCUGAGCUGUCGGGGUCACGCUAUGCUGAGUUCAGGGUUUGAACUUGAGCGUUUCCAAGUUCAAGGUCGGGGCUGCCUGAUGAUUCAAGGCUGGGCCACAGUCCGCAGAGGGCGGCCUCACCUCUGACUCACUGGCCUCUGGCGCAUUCCUCCGUGUCCGCCAAAAGCAGGUGUGGCUGCCUACGGGCCGCACCCUCGGUGGGUUCCGGAACCCUGCUUUGUUUCCCUGCCGCAGAGCCCCAGUGCUCCCUUCCCGACCAGGCAGAACCCGCCCUCUCCCGCCCCUCACGCUCUUACGCGGGUCAUCACCACCACCAAGGAGCCCUGCUUCUGCCGCGUCUGCCCACAGGCUGUCUGGCCUACCAAGCUGGGCAUGUGCUGGGCGCCUGCACGCCCCCGGGUCAUUCCACUGACCUCUGUGGAAAAGCUGAGGCGGAACCCCGCGGCCUGUGUGAGGGUAUCCCGGGCGCGGCUGAGAGCGGCGGAGGCCCUGGGUGCGGCCAAGAGCUGCGGCACCCGCUCGCCGGCCGCGUACGCGAACAUCGCCGCCUUCGACGUGUACGUGGGCCUCACCAACCUGCGGGUGGCCGGCGCGCACACGCAGUGGUUCGCGGUGCACCGCGUGAUCCUGCACCCCACCUACGAGGUGGGGCACCCCGUGGGCGGGGACGUGGCGCUCGUGCAGCUGCAGUCGCCCAUCGAGUUCUCGGACGCCGUGCGGCCCGUGUGCCUGCCGCCGCCCACCCUGCAACUGGACGGCAGCGCGGUCUGCUGGGUCGCGGGCUGGGGGCUGGUGUCCCCGGAGGGCCCGCCCUCGAACCAGCUGCAGGAGGCCCAGCUGGCCCUGGUCUCGCAGACCCUGUGCAGGAUCCUCUACGGGCCCUCCGCAAUCCAGCCCGACAUGCUGUGCGCUGGGAAGCUCGAGACCGCCUGCGAGGGUGACUCGGGGGGCCCGCUGGUGUGCGAGGUCAACCACACGUGGGUGCAGAUUGGCAUCGUGAGCUGGGGCCUGGGCUGCGCCCAGCAGCUGUACCCCGCAGUGUUUGCCCGGGUUUCCCAUUUCUCCCGUUGGAUCCGCCACCACAUGGAGAGAACACCCCCUCCGUCCCAGCCAAACUCUGCCCCGGCCCCCGCUCGGGCGUCCUUCCUCAGCGUGCUUGUGACAGCGUUGGCCGGCCUGGCAGUCUGAGGGCCACCGGAGCAUGCCCGGACCCCCACGCGGCGCCUGGCCAUGGCCAGGCAGGGUCAAGGCUGGGCCCAGCCGUGCCUGCAAGGGGCCGAGCGGGGAAGCGGGCUGGAGGGGGAGGCGGGAAGCGGGAGACCCCGAAGCGCAGAUAUUAAACGUUUUCGAAGCAG